UGACCUGUUAACCUCAUCCUAUAAGUCAUGAAUUCAAGAACCUUUGAAAUGUACAACACCUGUAUAGAUCCUUUCUAUCUUAACACUAACGCAUUCACGAUCUGCAAACUACUUCUAUCUUCUGAUGCUUCAUCCAUAUAUAAAGUGAGGCUAAACAGUGAUAACAAUAAUCGAUAUUGCUUGAAAGUGUACCAUGAUAAUGGCGACCCUGGCUAUUCGAAGAAGGGUCGUGACCUGAAUCGUUUCCAAUGUGAAUUGAAGGCUUGCAAAAACCUGCGACUUCAUGGGGUGUGUCAAAACGGCGUGGUUCCCACACCUUAUCGCCCCCAUCUAAAUCAUUUCGAAAAUGACGUUUACAAGCCAAAGGCAGUCUUGCUUGAGUAUUUGCCUGAUGCAGAAGGGCUCAAUUGCCUAAAUUAUUCCGACGAGCGCUUUGAGAUUGCAAUGAGAGGUUUAGACAAUAUCCAUAGGGCUCAUGUUCUUCACCAUGACGUAUAUCCCAAGAAUAUUCUCGUUGUACCUGGAAACCCAGAGCGAGUUGUGUGGGUCGAUUUCGAUGUUGCUAUGACUUAUCCAGAUGCUCAGACCAUGGCUACUCAGGCGGGAGAAUACUGCGAAUUUGAGACCGACCUAGCGCAGAGCUUUGGGGAUCUUUUGAGAAAGGAUCAAAAGCAAGGUCUUCCACCAAACACCAAGUUCUAUUGACUUGACGUGCACAGCCCACUUUAAUCCUAUCAGCCAGAACGAUUGGUUCAGGCAGAGAGUACAUGACUUGGGUGUUUCAUUCUUGCACCUGAACCGAGAGAGCAGUAAUAGAAAGACGGGAAAGCUUGAUUGACUCUUGGAAAUACUCUGCAUCUUGUAUUGCAUCUAAGAGAUAUUUGAAUUGUGCCAGAGAUUAUUUUAAGGACGGACCAAGGAGAUGUACACUUCGUUGAAAGUGUACUACCUCGGACAGCCUUGUUCGUCUGGUUUUCUGAAAACUGUGGAUGCACCCUUCU